AUGGCCCUCCUUCAAGGUCGAGCGAAAAGUAUCUUGUCAGGCGAUACCUUGGUCAUCACCAACCACAAAGGCGCCGAACGCACUCUGUCUUUGGCCUAUAUCAGUGCCCCUCGACUGAGACGUGAGGGUGACGAGCCAUUUGCCUUCCAAUCCCGUGAAUUCCUUCGGGAGCACCUCCUGGGAAAGGUGGUGCAAUUCCAAGUCCUGUACGCGAUUCCCACCACGAAACGAGAGUACGGCCGAGUCAAGCUUCCUAACGGCCCGGACUUCCCCGAUCUGAUUGUACAAGAAGGCUGGGCCAAAGUGAGGGAAGAUGCGGGCAGGAAGGAGGACGACGAAUCCGCUCUGGCAUAUCUUGACAAUCUGCGGUCACUUGAAGCCGAGGCAAAGGCAAACAACAAGGGGCUCUGGGGCAAGGGCGGCCACAUAGAGAGCUCCUCCGAACUUUCUCAGCCGAAUGCCUUGGUGGAGCAGUACAAAGGCAAGAAGAUCGAGGCCGUCGUGGAACGUGUCCUCACUGGUGACCGCUUGAUUGCUCGCCUUCUACUCACGCCGACCAAACACGUCCAGACCAUGCUGGUCCUGGCGGGGGUGCGAGCCCCUGCUACGAAGCGGACGUCUCCAGAGGGCAAGGAGAUUCCAGCCGAGCCUUACGGUACCGAAGCUCAUGCCUUUGUGGACGAGAGACUGCAUCAGCGGAAAUGCUCGGUCGAACUACUGGGUGUGACGCCGCAGAACCAGCUAAUCGCCAACGUUCUACAUCCCAAAGGGAACAUUGCCAAAUUCUUGCUCGAAGCCGGUCUGGCCAGGUCCAACGAUCAACAUGUCACCUUGCUCGGCAAUGAGAUGGCGCAGUUCAGAAACGCGGAAAACGGGGCCAAGAGCGCAAGGAGAGGACUCUUUACCGGUGCUUCGGCCACGAAAUCUUCUGGGGUACAGGAUGCAGACUUCGUUGUGUCCCGGGUUCUGAACGCCGAGACAGUCUUCAUUCGACCACGUUCUGGCGAGGAACGGAAGGUUACUCUAUCAAGUAUCCGUCAACCCAAAGCCUCGGAUCCCAAGCAAGCUCCAUUCGGGGCAGAUGCAAAGGAGUUCGUGAGGAAGCGGUUGAUUGGUAAACAUGUCAAGGUGACGAUUGAUGGCAAGAAGCCGGCAUCGGAAGGCUUUGAGGAGCGGGAGGUCGCCACGGUGACGUUGAAUGGGAAGAACAUUGCGUUGGCUCUGGUAGAGGCCGGCUAUGCUUCCGUCAUCAGACAUCGACGGGACGACGACGACCGGUCACCGGACUACGACGCACUACUUCUGGCCGAAGAGUCGGCGCAGAAGGAGGAAAAGGGAAUCUGGUCGUCCAAACCGCCCGCAACCAAACAUUAUCAGGAUUAUUCUGAAAAUUUGCAGAAGGCUAAACUGGAAGCCUCGGUCCUGCAACGUCAGAAGAGGGUCCCGGCAGUGGUUGACUUUGUGCGCGCUGGAUCCAGAUUUGUCGUCCUCGUCCCCCGUGAUAACGCCAAACUGACAUUUGUGCUCUCCGGCAUUCGUACACCCAGACCCGCUCGACAUGCGGGCGACACGGCCGAGCCCUUUGGACAAGAGGCAUAUGAUUUUGCCUACCGAAGGUGUAUGCAACGAGAUGUGGAGAUUGACGUGGAAAAUACCGACAAGGUCGGCGGCUUCAUUGGCACCUUGCACGUCGGGCCGUUGAAUUUGGCAAAAGCAUUGGUGGAAGAGGGUCUAGCAGAAGUGCACGCCUACUCAGCCGAGCAAAGUGGUCAUGCCAAUGAACUGUUCGCCGCCGAGCAGAAAGCCAAAGAAGCUCGCAAAGGGAUGUGGCACGAUUGGGAUCCCAGCAAAGAGGAGGAGGUAGAUGACCAUGUUGCCAACGGCACAAAUGGCACGAAUGGCGAGUCAGCUGAGGCGACGUCAAGACGGAAGGACUACCGUGAUGUGGUGGUGACUAAUGUGGACGAGGCUGGCAAGAUCAAGGUCCAACAGGUCGGACCGGGAACUGCGGCGUUGACCGAACUGAUGAAUGCCUUCAAGUCUUUCCAUUUGAAUAAGACGAAUGACCAGCCUCUUCCCGGAGCCCCCAAAGUCGGCGACAUUGUUGCCGCCCAGUUCACCGUGGACAACCAGUGGUAUCGGGCGAAAGUCCGGCGGGUGGACAGGGAGGGCAAAAAGGUCGACGUGACAUACCUGGAUUACGGCAAUUCAGAAUCCCUACCAUGGAGUCGAUUGCGACCUUUAACCCAACCGCAAUUCUCAACGCAGAAAUUAAAGCCCCAGGCGACCGACGCGGUUUUGUCUUUCCUGCAACUUCCCACGUCGCCGCAAUAUCUUCGAGACGCUGUGGAUUUUAUUGCGGAGCAGACCGAGGCACGGGACCUGGUUGCGAACGUGGAUUAUGUGGCCCCGGAUGGCACACUUCACAUUACCUUGCUUGAUCCCAAAGUAUCGGCCAAGAUUGACGAGAGCAUCAACGCGGAAAUUGUGCAGGAAGGAUUAGCCAUGGUGCCGACCAAGCUCAAGCCUUGGGAGCGACAGGCCACCGAGACCUUGGCGCAUCUGAAAGAGCUCCAGGACGAAGCGAAGAAGGAGCGUCGGGGCAUGUGGGAGUAUGGAGACUUGACAGAAGACUAA